AUGCCUCCAGCACGCUACAUUGACCCCCCUGAGGGUGCCAAAUUCAUCACUUCGGGAGGCUCUGGUUUGAUCUACUCCUCUCCUUCUAACCCUACUCAGGUCUACAAGAUCUGCUCUCACGACCCAGAGUCCAUGCAAAACAUUGAGCGUGAAAAGCUCAUCUACCAAAACAUGAUGAGCGUUGGCCAGCACCCUAACAUUGUCAAAUGUGUCAAAGUUAUUAACAAUGGGGUUGUGCUUGAGCGUGCUCACUACGGUGAUCUGCGUGAUUACUAUCAGAAGGGAGGAAUGGCUACUCUAGCUGAACGCAUCAAGUGGUGCAGAGACCUUGUUAGAGCCGUUGACUACGUUCACGCCCUUCAUAUCCGUCAUGCUGAUAUCUGUGGUAAAAACAUUUUACUCGACGCGAACCGCAACAUCAAACUCUGUGAUUUUGCUGGGUCUGCUUUCUGUGGCAGCCCUCCAACCGUUUCUGCCGAGAUCGGCUUUGCCCAUCCAAACCGCGAUCACAACCGUCGUGCAACCGUCAUUGCCGAGCUUCAUGCUUUGGGAUCGACCAUGUAUGAAAUUCUUACUACCAAACGGCCUUUUGCUCCCGAACAAGAGCCUGCUAUCAUUGCUCAGUGGCUUUACAACGGGAUCUACCCAAGCGUCGACCAUCUUCCUCUCGGAGACGUCAUCAUGGCCUGCUGGAAGGGAAAGUACCCUUGCAUCCUUCAGGUGGAACACGCCAUUCAAGAUGAGAUUGACUGGCAUGUAUCACAUCUUGGAGUAGAUUCAGGACUUCUCCACGGAAAAAAGGGACCAAAUAGGAGUUUGGCUGGCGUUGAAUUCACACGGGGUACAACGGAAAACAAAAGAAUGGAACGGUGGAGUUACUACGGGACAAAAUUCAUGUAA